AUGAAGGCAUCUUGGGCAGCCAUUGGCGCUUUGUUGUCUUUCGUUCACCAAAGUUCUGCCAAUCUUGAUUUCAUCACUCUUCCUGCGCCAGGUAACUCGUGGAUCCAGGAAGCUGUCGCUACACUUGUCCUUGGCGACGUUCCCAGCAACAACCAGGGUGAUGUUGCCUUGUGGAGUGCGAUCAUGAUGGACAAGCAGGAUUUUCUUCAGGGAGUCACUCAAAACUCCGCCAACAGCCCGUGGUGUCAGAACCUGGGACAGAAUUGGUGUAACUUCGCCUAUACUCUGGUAGGCUCGUCAACAGUCACCAACGGUACGCCAGUGAAGGCAAAACGCGGAGAUCGCGUCAGAACUCAUUACAAGCUCAACUCGCAAACCCAGCUGUGGGACCAGGACCUUUACGUCAACGACAAGCUGGCUUCCCACGUCUCGACCAGCAAGGGCCAGCACGGAAGGAUCUUCUACGUCUCGAUCGAGUGCGCAUCUGGGUCUUGCCCCAUGACUCCGGCUCAUAGCUGGGAGAACAUCUCCGUUACCUUGAACAAAGCGGACCAGUCGUUCAAGCACGCCGGCGCAUGGGCGCACGGUGCUACAGGUGGAGCAAUGUCGACGACAGAUGGUGGAAAGACAUGGAACUUCUCCAAGUUGAACAUCCCAGCCAUAGUUGCUGCAUAA